CAAGAAGGCACGACUGCUCCUCAAGUCUGUUCGGGAGACGAACCCUCAUCACCCGCCAGCCUGGAUUGCGUCAGCCCGCCUGGAAGAAGUCACUGGGAAGCUACAAGUAGCUCGGAACCUUAUCAUGAAGGGGACAGAGAUGUGCCCAAGAGUGAAGAUGUCUGGCUGGAAGCAGCCAGGUUGCAGCCUGGGGACACAGCCAAGGCCGUGGUAGCCCAAGCUGUCCGUCAUCUCCCACAGUCUGUCAGGAUUUACAUCAGAGCAGCAGAGCUGGAAACAGACAUUCGCGCAAAGAAGCGGGUUCUUCGGAAAGCCCUCGAGCAUGUUCCAAACUCGGUUCGCUUGUGGAAAGCAGCUGUUGAGCUGGAAGAGCCUGAAGAUGCCAGAAUCAUGCUGAGUCGGGCUGUGGAGUGCUGCCCCACCAGUGUGGAGCUCUGGCUUGCUCUGGCAAGGCUGGAGACCUAUGAAAAUGCCCGCAAGGUCUUGAACAAGGCGCGAGAGAACAUUCCUACAGACCGGCACAUCUGGAUCACGGCCGCUAAGCUGGAGGAAGCCAAUGGGAACACACAGAUGGUGGAGAAGAUCAUUGACCGAGCCAUCACCUCGCUGCGGGCCAACGGUGUGGAGAUCAACCGCGAGCAGUGGAUCCAGGAUGCCGAGGAAUGUGACAGGGCUGGGAGUGUGGCCACCUGCCAGGCUGUCAUGCGUGCCGUGAUUGGGAUUGGGAUUGAGGAGGAAGAUCGGAAGCACACCUGGAUGGAGGAUGCCGACAGUUGUGUAGCCCACAAUGCCCUGGAGUGUGCACGAGCCAUCUACGCCUACGCCCUGCAGGUGUUUCCCAGCAAGAAGAGUGUGUGGCUGCGUGCCGCGUACUUCGAGAAGAACCAUGGCACUCGGGAGUCCCUGGAAGCCCUCCUACAGAGGGCUGUGGCCCACUGCCCCAAAGCGGAGGUGCUGUGGCUCAUGGGCGCCAAGUCCAAGUGGCUGGCAGGGGAUGUGCCCGCAGCAAGGAGCAUCCUGGCUCUGGCCUUCCAGGCCAACCCCAACAGCGAGGAGAUCUGGCUGGCGGCCGUGAAGCUGGAGUCCGAGAAUGAUGAGUACGAGCGGGCCCGGAGGCUGCUGGCCAAGGCGCGGAGCAGCGCCCCCACCGCCCGGGUGUUCAUGAAGUCUGUGAAGCUGGAGUGGGUGCAAGACAACAUCAGGGCAGCCCAGGAUCUGUGCGAGGAGGCCCUGCGGCACUAUGAGGACUUCCCCAAGCUGUGGAUGAUGAAGGGGCAGAUCGAGGAGCAGAAGGAGAUGAUGGAGAACGCGCGGGAAGCCUAUAACCAGGGGUUGAAGAAGUGUCCCCACUCCACACCCCUGUGGCUUUUGCUCUCUCGGCUGGAGGAGAAGAUUGGGCAGCUAACUCGAGCCCGGGCCAUUUUGGAAAAGUCUCGUCUGAAGAACCCAAAGAACCCUGGGCUGUGGCUGGAGUCCGUGCGGCUGGAGUACCGUGCAGGGCUGAAGAACAUCGCAAAUACGCUCAUGGCCAAGGCGCUGCAGGAGUGCCCUAACUCUGGUAUCCUGUGGUCUGAGGCCAUCUUCCUCGAGGCGAGGCCCCAGAGGAGGACCAAGAGCGUGGAUGCCCUGAAGAAGUGUGAGCAUGACCCUCAUGUGCUCCUGGCCGUGGCCAAGCUGUUCUGGAGUCAGCGGAAGAUCACCAAGGCCAGGGAGUGGUUCCACCGCACUGUGAAGAUUGACUCGGACCUGGGGGAUGCCUGGGCCUUCUUCUACAAGUUUGAGCUGCAGCAUGGCACUGAGGAGCAGCAGGAGGAGGUGCGGAAGCGCUGCGAGAGCGCAGAGCCGCGGCACGGGGAGCUGUGGUGCGCCGUGUCCAAGGACAUCGCCAACUGGCAGAAGAAGAUCGGGGACAUCCUUAGGCUGGUGGCCGGCCGCAUCAAGAACACCUUCUGAUUGACCGGUCGCUCGCCGUGGCCGGUCUCCGUGGGGCAGGGUUGGGCCGCACGUGGGAGGGCCUGUGGAAGGGCCCUGAGCCGUGUCCUCCUUCAUUAAAAGUUUUUAUGUCUCGUGUCAGA